AUGGCCACGUCCACUCUCCCGAUUCUCUUGCUUAUCCUUCUUGUAGUAUCACGGAGACAUAUUCAGCCGGCGACCGGCGCCGGCGGCAACGAAACCGACAGACUAUCACUUCUCCAACUCAAAUCCACACUGGUAGACCCACUUGGAGCUCUGAGCUCAUGGAACCAAAGCCUCCAUUUCUGCCAAUGGCAGGGAGUAACCUGCAACAACGAGGAAGAAGAGAGAGUAACCCAAGUCGACCUCAAGUUAAGCCAACUCAGCGGCUCAAUCUCCCCACACAUCGGCAACCUGACCUUCUUAACCCACCUUAUCCUCAACAACAACUCCAUCUCCGGCGAAAUCCCGCCGGAAAUCGGCCGUCUGCAACGCCUUGAGGUGCUGGUUCUAUUUCAGAAUUCCAUCUCCGGCUCCAUACCGCCGAACCUCUCCGCCUGCUCGAAUCUCACCAGAUUGGGAGUUGCCUUCAACAGCUUGGCCGGCGAAGUCCCGUUACAGCUAUGCAAUCUCAUCAACCUCCAGUUACUCUCGAUUCCUUUCAAUAACUUGAGCGGGAAUUUCCCUUCCUGCUUCGGCAACGCGUCUUCCCUCCAGACGAUCUCCGCGGCUAGGAAUGAAUUCGUCGGCGGAAUUCCCGAGUCUCUGGCCCGAUUGAGAGACCUAGGUUUAAUUAGUUUUGGGGCGAAUCGGUUUUCGGGUUCAUUCCCACUUCAAUUCUUCAACUCCUCUUCCAUUCACACCAUAAGCAUCAUUGAAAAUCAACUCACCGGAACUCUGCCUCCGGAUAUCGGGUUCACUCUGCCGAAUCUGGUCCAUCUCAACGUGGCUUACAACAAUUUCUCCGGUCGAAUUCCUGGGUCAAUCUCCAACGCAACGAACCUGCAAGCUUUCGAGUUGGGCCACAACUAUUUCCACGGCGGAGUGCCUUCUUUGUCAAAGCUGAACAGGAUUCAAUUCCUGGGACUGAUGAACAACAGCUUAGGAAGUGGAGGUGUAGAAGAUGAUCUGUUGUUCCUCCAUUCCUUGACCAACAGCACCUUUCUCCAAGGGAUCAACAUCGGAUUGAACAAUUUCUCCGGCGAAUUGCCUCACAGCAUAAGCAACUACUCCACCACUUUCGUCAGGCUGAGCCUACGUUUCAACCCGAUGAUCACCGGAACUAUUCCGGCGGGGCUAGACAAGCUAGUCAACUUGGAACAGCUGGAUUUCUUGGGCAACAGUCUUUCCGGCAAUCUGCCUGUUGAAUUGGGGAUGCUCCCCAAGUUCAUGACUCUUCAGGUUCAGAACAACAGCCUGUCAGGAAGCAUUCCUUCCAAUAUCGGAAAUUCAACCACGUUACUCGGGGUCUGGCUGCAAGGGAAUCAACUAGAAGGUGAGAUUCCGGCGAGUUUCGGGAAAUGUAAGGAUAUGACGGUGCUGUAUUUGGCAGACAACAAUCUCAGCGGGGAGAUUCCGCCGGAGAUUCUCAAUCUCCCGGACUUGAGUCGUGUUCUUGAUCUUUCAAGGAACAGGUUGAGUGGUCGGAUUCCUGAGGAAGUCGGAAGCUUGGUCAACCUUGGUCGACUUGAUCUCAGCAAUAAUGUGCUUUCCGGUUCAAUCCCGUUGAGUAUAGGGAGAUGCGUGAGACUAGAGAACCUAAACCUGAUGGGAAACUUGUUUCAGGGUUCUAUCCCUUCAUCUCUUAGGACGCUCAAAGGUUUAGCGCUUCUGGACCUCUCUCGCAACAACUUAUCAGGAAAAAUCCCAGACUUUCUGCAGGAUUUCAGUUCGCUGCUGACCCUCAACUUGUCCUACAACCAUUUCCAAGGGGCCCUGUCAAUGCAGGGCGUGUUCAGGAAUUCAACCACGACUUUGAUUGCAGGAAAUAAAGAGCUCUGUGGGGGAAUGCCAGAGUUUGGAUUACCAAAAUGCCUUACGGAGAGGUCCAAAAAAGGCGGUCUCAACACGAUAGUAAAGAUCAUAAUAUCGACUGUAAGUUGUUUCUUGGGGCUCACUGUGCUUGUUUCAUUCCUCUACUUUUGUCUCUUGAGGAAGAAAAUCAAAGACCCCGAAGCAGCUUCACCGUUUACUGGGUACACACUUUUGGGGCCGACAUAUCAUAAUCUACUCCAAGGCACUGAUGGAUUUUCGCCUGCUAAUUUGCUCGGAGUCGGUAGCUAUGGCUCUGUCUACAAGGGGCUUAUAGCCAUAGAUGACGCCAACAAGAUAUUUGUUGCAGUCAAAGUGCUGAACCUUCAUCAUUCCCGAGCGUUCAAGAGCUUUGUAGCAGAAUGCGAAGUGCUGAAGAACAUCAGGCACAAAAAUCUAGUUAAGUUGUUGACUGUGUGUUCAGGAAUCGACUUUCAAGGCAAUGAUUUCAAGGCCCUGGUGUAUGAGUUUAUGGUUAAUGGGAGCUUGGAGGAAUGGCUUCAUCCAGGGCUUCUUGAUGAACAACCAACAGAAAGGAGGGCAGAGUUGAGUCUCCUUCAAAGGUUGAACAUAGCCAUUGAUGUUGGCAUUGCACUGGAUUAUCUUCAUAACGAGAGUGGAGUACCUGUAGUGCAUUGUGAUCUCAAGCCUAGCAAUAUCCUGCUCGAUGUCAAUAUGCUGGGACACAUUGGAGACUUUGGGUUAGCAAAGUUCCUUCCACAAGUGGAGCUCAACGCUCCAUCAAAUCAUACGACAAACUCUUCUUCAAUUGCUGUUCGAGGAACAGUUGGCUAUAGCGCGCCAGAGUACGGAAUGGGGAGUGAAGUGUCCACCAAUGGAGAUGUGUACAGCUAUGGCAUCCUCUUGCUGGAGAUGUUCACAGGGAGAAGGCCAACUGAUGAAACAUUCAGAGACGGGUUGAAUCUCCACAACUUUGCAGCGGCUCUGGGUGAUAAUGCAGCAGACUACAUUGAUCCAAGACAAGAUGACAACAGCAGCAGAUCGAGAACGAAUGAAAAGCAGGUGUUCGCAGAGGCAGUGGUUUCGAUUAUACAAGUUGCGGUUGAAUGUUCAAAUGAAAUUGCAAGAGAACGAAUGGGCAUAAGUGAUGCUGUAACGAAACUAACAGCAGUAAGGGACAAAAUUGUUAAGAGACGUAACUAG